AUGGCGGCGGACGGCUUUUGCUGCGGCGCCGCGCAGCUGGAGGCCGAGGUGGCGAUGCUGCAGGAGCGGGCGGCCGCGCACGCAGCAGAGGAGGCGCGCCUGCUGCGGGAGAGCCGUGAGCAGGAGGAGCUGAUCAGCGUGCGCGCCGCCGCGCUGGCCGCAGAAGAGGCGAGGCUUUUGCAGCAGAGCCGCGAGCAGGAGGCCCUGGUGAGCCAACGCGCGGCCGCCCACGCCGCGGAGGAGGCGCGCCUGCUCCGCGAGAGCCGGGAGAGCGAGGCCCUGGUCAGCCAGCGCGCGGCCGCCCACGCCGCGGAGGAGGCGCGCCUGCUGCGCGAGAGCCGCGAGAGCGAG